AUGUUCUUCUCUGUCGACCACGACGGCCAGCACCUCCGCGUCCAGGCCUCGUGCGUGGCGCUGCCGAUCUGGCUGAGAUACCGCGUGGUCCAAUGGAAGGUAGACGGACUGCCCGAAAAGGAACAGUUGGUAAAGACUACUGCGACCUGGGCCUCCCCCCAACGAGGGAAGCCUGUGUCCUUACUGGCGUCGACGAAUUACAACUACCUUGCUGGUACUGGAGGUAGCGGUGGGAGAUGGCGAAAAAUUCAGCCGUGCAACGCGCUCGCGACAAGGCGGAAGAGGUGGACAACAGGAGGCUCGAGGAGCAGCAACGCCGCCUCGAGCUGGAAGCUGACCUAGAGCAGCUACAGUAACGCCUCGCCGCUAAGCACACGACAACCCCGAUGGCACGUGGGACACCCCCGGAACGGGUGCCUGAUUC